AUGACUCUUCUAACACUUGGACUGUAUCUGCCACUUUUGUUUUGUUAUGGCCUGGCUCAGUCCUCUUUUCUGGACAACUUCAUGUCAAUCCCAGCAGCUCUCAGGUCCCAGGAGCAGCAGAGGAGAUUCAGCCCAUGCUGUUUACUGAGUCCGCCUCCACCCCCACUAUUUCCUCCACCCCCUGCUCUUUGGCGCCGCAACAGUCAUAAUGAAGAGAUUGAUGGUCGUGAAUCAAAGCCAGGCAAUGGUCCCAAAGGUUCUUACUGCGUACAGGGAUUCCCAGGGCCCGCUGGCCCCUCUGGACCUCAGGGUCCACCUGGUUUACCUGGAAUAGAAGGGGGCAAGGGAGAGAAGGGAGAAAUCGGAAGACCUGGGCAAAAGGGUCGGUCAGGUGCCCCUGGACUUCCUGGGAAACUGGGACCAGCUGGAUGGCCUGGACCAAGUGGGCCCAAAGGGGAGAAAGGAGACUCAGGGCUUAUGGGAUUACCUGGAGCCAGAGGACCGAUUGGGCCAAGGGGUUUACCUGGUUAUAAAGGAGAAAAGGGUUCUCGAGGAGAUCGUGGUGAGAGUGGAGGAAAAGGCGACAAGGGUGUGAUGGGUUUCCCAGGAAUGCUUGGACAGAAAGGAGAAAUGGGUCCGAAAGGAGAACCUGGGAUCUCAGGAAACAGAGGACCGACUGGCCGACCAGGGAAGCGAGGCAAGCAGGGAGGGAAAGGAGACACGGGUGGUGUUGGUCCUAUGGGACCUGCAGGCCCUCAGGGGACUCCAGGCCACCCUGGUCCUCCGGGUUCCCCUGCCACAGGACUGUACAUGGUUGGAACAAAGGGGGCUCGUGGUCCACCGGGGUCUCCUGGAAAGUGUAGCUGCGGCUCUCUCAGCAAUUCUCCAAUUGAGGAUUAUCCUUCCAGAGGAAACUAUCUUAAAGUACCUGCGAUAUUUGUUGUAAGCAAUGAGGAGGAACUGGAGCGCCUUCACACAGAUAAUGCUCUGGCAUUCCGCAAAGACCAGAGAUCUCUCUAUUUCAGAGACAUUGAUGGCUGGCUGCCGAUCCAGACUUUCCCAUUCCCAAUGACGCCGUUCCAGUCCAUGGAAAACGCACCUGAUGAUGAGGGUUACUGCGGUGACGGGACUGUGCAGAUUUCCACCGGGGAGCAGUGUGAUGACAGCAACAGAGUCGUCACGGACGGCUGCGUCAAGUGUAAACACGCCUACUGCGGAGACGGAUACCGCUAUGAGGGGGCUGAGGAGUGUGAUGGAAAGGACUUUGGAUACCAGACAUGUAAUUCAUAUCUUCCAGGGUCAUAUGGUCAGCUCAAGUGCUCACCCUACUGUGUUAUCGACUCUACAAACUGCAAGUACUUCACAUGAUGAGGAAGCUGGACAGUGCAGCGAGAUCCUCUGUGUGCUCUUUGAAAUAUUUUCAUGCAAAAAAAAAAAGAACAAUAAUACUUCAAGCAAAAAGACUCUGAGGGUAGCGGCAGCCUAUGAAUCUGAAUAUAUAUAUUAUACAUAACUUCUCUGUAUUGCUGCUGAGAUGCCACGUAGCUCCCCGGAGUUGUAUUCGGCGAGUGGAGAUGAAAAACCUUCACCCACACUUAGGAAAUGCACAGGACAACUGCACUCAGUCUUAACAAGCAGGACUUAAGACUGGCCUCCUCUCCAUGAAUCAGCCUCUGGGUGCAACAGUUGUGCAACAGCCAUGCCGAGACUUAAUUAAGUGGGAGAUGUUGCAGAGGAGCAGUAGCCGGGCCAGAGGCAUAUUUCUAUUGACCCAGUUACUGUUGAGAAACAGUGGCCUCAGGUAUUCUACUGCAGCGCCAAUGACAGCGCACAGCAUUUGCAUGAGGCUGGGAUUACUGUGACAGCAGCUGUCACUAUCCAAGCAUGUUAACAAUCAAUAUACUUAUUAUUGCCACGACUAGGCCAGUACUGUGUAGGCAUCAACCAUUUCAGUUAUAAAAGGUUAAACCAUGCAAAUAGUUAGAUCAAAAGUAUGGUUAAGGAUGGAGAUAGAGGUGCAUGAAUUAUGCACUUGGGAUAUUUCAAUGAGUCCAAUCAUUAGCUUGUGGUGGAACUGUGAUUGACAGGGACUUUCAGUUUCGACAAGGUUUCACAAAUCUCCCCGAAAGAACUUCUCAGGAACCAACAGGUAAUGUAGCUCCAAACAGCACCUUUCACAGGCACCCCCCCACUACUCCUUUUGUAAAUUAAAUGGCAGUGACUGUACGCUUAAGCACACAGAUAACUCAAGGUUCUUCUCUGUGCUUUAGUGAGAAAUACUACUGUAUAUGAAGGCUUGAAACUGUUAAUGUUCUUAAUUCUCUCACUAAACAGGAAAGGCUGUGAUACUCUGUAGCUGCUAAAAGGGGGAAGAAUUACAAUUCCAGCCUGUCCUAUGGUCAUUAUUGUAUUUAAUCUAAUACCUCUUUAUCCAGUCUUUUCUGUCUUACAGUAUAUACACAGAAACUCAACAGUAAACUUAACAGUGUAGAUGUAGUCUGCUGUGUGUUUGGCACCAAUGGUGAAAAUGACCGAUAUAAGCUGACUUUUCCAUAAGCUAGUGUAUAGUCGCAGUGCCAAGGGAGACUUGUUCUCAGCCAUAUUGAUACUGUACGUGUAGGUGUUAUAAAGGGAUUAUUCUGUACGAAAAAAUGUAAAGAUAAAGACUGUUACUGUAUUGUCUCCGCAUGCUUGUGAUACUGUGCUUAUUAGUGUGAAACGCUUCCACUGUUUUGUAAAUCAUUGCAAUUGACAGUGCAUUAGGUGUCUUAAGAAAUCUCAGUCUUGCUCUGCACAGAGUGUAGCUAGUUGUACGACACAUCUUGUAUGAAAAUGAUGAACUGUGCCUUGCACAAAGAUGAAAUACCUUUUGGAAACUGUGUUGAAUGUCCUGUCUGUGGCCUGUCUGUCUGUGCUGUAUCCUGUACUGUGUAUGCACAACGAUGCUGAAACAUAACAUGCAUGUGGUAACGUACUGUUCAGCUUUAUCAAAUAAUGUAUGCACUGUGACUGGGAUGAGGGAAAUUAUUUUUUGUUUCAUUUCUCUGGUAUGAUUUAUACAGUAGUUGGGGAUAAUUUUAAAAAGAAAUAAAACCUGAAUAAAUAAUUCA